UUCACUUUUGAUUUAGAGUAAGUCGGAGCUGAAGUGACGAGUUCUCUGUUCUCACUGUAUUCUACUGUGUUCUCACCCUGUUCUCACAGGAGAAUAAAGCAGACAGGAAACAGAGCAGGUCAUGGCUGACAUGUACAACAACAGGCCUGUAAAUGACAAGGUGAACGGUGGUCUGGCUGGUCUGGAUGAGGCCAAGAAAGACCUGGAGAUGUGGAAGAUUAAAGCAGAGAAAGCUGAUGAUGUAAAAUCCAGGCUCAUAGUGGAAAAACUGGAGGAAGAUGAAGCCAAGGUGAAGGCCAAACAGGAGAUGUUGGCUUGGGUGGAAAAGAACAAUGAGUAUCAGAAGGACUUCGCUCAGAGCCUGAGCUCAGUACAGGACGAAAUCGGGAAGCUUGCUAAACGCAAACAGGAUUUGCUGGGCAAACUGAUGAGAUGUCAGGCUGAGCUGGAGGCUAAGAGGGCCGAGUCCACCAAACUGAAGCAGAAAUUCAAGAUCUAUGCCCUGAUUCCAGACACAGAGGUGAGGUUCACCACUCAGGACAAAGAGGAGACGGAUGACGAUAGUCAGCCAAUCAGAGGAGUGUUCACCAUCAGCCAGAGGUCCACUGUGAUCCUGCAGGGAGGGCAGGCACUCAUCACCUUCGAGGAGGAGAAAGUGGCCUCUCAGAUUCUGAAGAUUGCCAAGUGUGCGGUUUCCUGUGAGAACAAGAGUCUGGAUGUGAAACCAAAAAGAAUAAGCAUGGAUCCUGUUGUCAAGUUUGAGGUCCACCUCGAUGUUUCCAGAAAGGAGAUCAAGGUCUCCAACGUCCCCCCUUCCAUGCCAGAGGAAAGAGUGACAGACCGGCUAGAGAUGAGCUUCUCCAGGCCCAGCAGAGGAGGAGGAGAGGUGGAGGGAGUGGAGUAUGAUAAGAACACUGGAACAGGACACAUCACCUUCAGGCACCCUGGAGUUGCUGAGAGCUUGGCCCUGAGAGGGAGGUACCGUGUGGAUCUGGACUCUGACGUCAGCGUGCAGGUCGGACCCAUUUACAAAUACAAGCUGCGCAAGUUUCAGACCUUCUGCGGCUUUCCGAAGCGAACCAUCCUCCUCGAUGACAUCGGGGACACUUCAGACGAGGAGGACCUGCAGGAUCAUCUGGAGAUCCACUUCCAGAAGCCCAGUAACUGUGGCGGUGAGAUAGAGAGCAUCAAGUACCUCUCUGGAGGAAAAGCUGCCCUGGCCUUCUUCUGUGAGGAGGAGAGAGCCGAGUGACUGUCACCAACAUGUGAGCCCAGUCCUCACAUCAGUCCAGAGUCUGUGAUUAAAGAAAUCUGAAUAUUCUUCUCCCUAACUGAAGUUAAGCCUUUUAUUCACUGUCCUGCUGAGUCAGAUGAUUUAGUUCACCAGUCUUUGAUCUGUGUUUUCACAUCACAUGAUGAGGGGAGUCUAGGUAGUGUUUAAAGCUGUGUUUGCUUUUUUCUUCUACACUGUGCUUAUUAAAAGAUCUGAAUCACAGG